UGUCAAACGAGUGAUCGUACAGCUUCGCGAAUAUAUUUCAUUUUUUGGUUAAAGUGAUCCGAUGUCCGGAUGGAUUGGGUGGUUACUGAUCGUGGCAAACGUUGCAAGCAGUCUCGCUAGACUGGAGAUGCAUUGCUUUCAUGAGUGCUACAUUUAUAACUUUAAAUCCAGAGGAGAUACAUUCGCGUUUCAACACAUCGCAGACUAUGCGCAUGUCGUCAACAUGAAUAAUGUGCGGAUGAAACGCGUGCAUCAGCGGAUCCUGGAACAACUGCCUCCCUUUGUAGAUACUGUAAAGAUAGCACGCUCCGGGAAACUGAAAUGGAUCAGUGUUCCACAAUCAUUGCGCAGCCUAGAGAUCAAAUUCACCGGUUUGAGAAGGAUCGAUAUAGCACCCAACAGCUCAUUAAACACUUUAAACAUUAUCGGUAGUGAUCUGGUGAAAGUUCCGCUCGCCUUUAAGAAUGCACCAAUGUUGAAAUUGCUGGGACUAUACUCCUGUAAAUUCAAUGCGAUUGAUUUGGCAACAUUUUGUGACUACCCUAAUUUAAGUGAGCUUUUUUUAGAAAGCAAUCAAAUACGGUACGUUGUGAACACGUCGAAAAGGAACUGCAGCAUCUACAAAGCUCUUACUACGUUGACGCUAACGGGAAAUAUGCUUACCACAGUAAACAUGGAGCUGUUCAAUGUGUUUGUCAAUAUGGUGGUAUUGAGUUUAAACCAGAAUAGAAUUACCACGUUAUCAGGUCGGUUAGUUCAUCCCACUAUGGGAAUAUUUUCGGUAUAUAAAAAUAUGCUCGAACAUGUAGACCUGUGUGGUUGGGAUGUGCCAUCAAUGAAGAACGUUUUUUUGGCAGCAAAUCGUCUAACGACGCUGCCGGAAUGCAUCAACAACUGGACGAGUGUUUCAAAGCUCCAGUUGAGCUGUAAUCAGAUGGUCAAAUUUAGUAUCGAAAGUGUAGCGGGAAUGAAUAAUCUGGAAAGUAUAGUCUUAGAAUGCAACAAGCUAACCGAAAUAAUGUUGAACAGUGUGCACUUUCCUCCAAACUUAAGCUUGCUUCGUAUUGGUCGAAAUUAUCUCACAUCGUUAGAUUUGUCGUUCAUUCCGGUUCGAUCGUUACAAGUAUCAGUGGAAUAUAAUUUAAUCUCAAGUUUUGAUGCGAGCAACACCUCGCCUAAUGUAACACGCCUAUACAUGGUUGGAAAUCAGAUUGACUGUACAUGGGAAUCUCGUUUGGAACAAUUGUACGGUGAAUGCACUAGAAACGAUUCAAUUACUCUUUUCCAUAAACAAUCGUUAACAAUGUGCGGCAACGGCACAAACAAAAUCAUUUAUGUUUAAAUGUUGCCGAUUGUUUGACCUCUUCAAUGUUUGGUGUUCUUUGUGCGCACCGUUUGGGAAUAUAAUCCUGGAAAUAGUUUAGUAGUAUGCUGAAUGUUGUUAUUGGGGUCCUUUCCGUUUUAAUUUCGUAGGCUGAAAUUACAUCCUGUCAUCUGUUUGCAUUGUAUAGCAAUUUUCGA